ACCAUCAAAGGCUAUUCAAACAAUGGUCUCCAAGCUAAGUUUCAAAGGUGAUAAACCUAAAAGAAAGAAAGUAGUCAAAAGAAUACCAAAGCCAACUUCAUCAAAACCGGAAAUUGAUCCAGCACUAAUAGAAUCAAGCUGGACAUCUGCAACAACAUUUUCAGAUAUCAAUGGUCCAGUUCUAAUAACCACUUAUGAAAGAUCUCAAGGCUAUGAGCAUUUGAAUCAACAGCCAUUAGUGCUAACACCAGAUAUGCUGGGUGCUAUCCAUCCUAAAAAGGAACUUCAUGUUGUUGAUUCUUCACAAACUGUGAAUUUUGAAAAUGAUGAUAUAAACCCUCUUGGGUUCCAUGCUGCAAUUCAUAGAACAGAACCUGGUGAUAUUCAACAAGUUUUCAUUUCAGUCUCUGUAUCAUUUGCCACUUCUGGAAGUAAUGAUGUCAACCCUAAUAGAACCAAAUUAGCAUUUAAGACUCCCUCUGACAAAUUCCUUUCGUUGACUGGAGAUGGUGAUAUUGAUUGUAAAAGUGAAGCAAUUGGUCCUUAUCAAAUCUUUGAGAUAGAAAGAGUAGCUAUAAAAGAUGAAGGUGUCUGGUUUAGAAUAUGGAAUGGCCAGAAAAGAUUAGUAUUGACCAAAGUUGAAGAUAAAUUAAAAUUUGAAUUUAAAGAAGAUUCACAAAAUGAUGAAACUGAUUUAUUUGUGAUUAGAGUACAAGCUAAAAACUCAGCUACUGGUAAAAGACUCUUGAGAGAACAUAAAGAGUCUAAAACAUUAGGUUCAGAUUCUAUUGGUGGUUCCAUAAGGAAUGCUUUAGAUUCAUUACAAAAAAGCGGAAUUGAAAUAUCACAAACUACAAUUAAAAGAUUAAGAGAUGCAGCAAUUAAGGGUAAACUGAAUGAACAAUUAAUAAUAGAAAGACAAAAAAGUAAAUCAGAUUCAAGAUGUUAG